AUGGACGCACGAGAAGAUGCCAGUGCACGUGAAACAGCUGCCUUUGUCCUGCAGUAUCUGACAGACUCAGAAUUCACCAAGACUACCAAGUCCUUUAAACGAGAGGCGAAGCAGCUCCUACAACGUGUGGGCCAGCUGCCCCGAGGGCUCAAGCCUUUGGGAGAGAUCAUCUCGGAGUAUGUGGCCUUGAAGGAGGCCCAUCUGCAGAGGGAGCAACUCCUGGCCAGCAAUGCAGCGCUCCGGGAUGUGUUCCAUGUCAUCGAAUCCCAUGCUGCUGCUGUUUCACAAGCAGCAGCCCUGCAGGAUCAUACACUGCGGCAGCAGCCGGGAGCCACACCAGCACCAGCAGGACAGCAGAGGAAGAGGCAGCGUCAGAGCACAGCGAAAGAGUCGCAAGGCGGCAGCGCAGAACCCUUUGAGCCCCCACAGGAUGCGAUGUACGGGGGAUCGGAGGAUGCAGGGUUUGGCGGGGAUUUUAAUGACGCGCAGCCGGGGGAUGCGCAUAAUAGCAUCAGCCCGCGCAAGACGCUGCGCAAGCGCGCGCCCAGGAAGCGCAAGAAGGCGGCAGCUGCCGGGGAAGCUGCGGCGCAGCUGGAUCAAGCUGGUGAUGGAUAUGGUGCGAGCAUGAUGGAUCUGCUGAACCUGCCCAUCAACGAGCGCGCCCUGGAAAGCCUGCUGGCCGGAGAGUGGCAGGGGCGCUUUGCAGAGGGUCUGGCGAGUUGCAUCAACGGCCGCCUGGGGCCGCAGCAGCAGCAGGAGCUCGAACAGCUCGCUGCACAGGAGGCGGCGGCCGGGCUGCCGAUGUAUGAUGAGGCGGAGAUGAACACGUGGAUGGAGUCGCUGACUGGGGACCCUGGCAUGGCUGCACUGCUGGAACCCAUCGUGGCCCCCUCUCAGGAUGCGCAAGGCAGCGACCAUGCGGAUGACGUGCAUGUAGCAGUGCCAGAUGACAUGCAGCUUGCAGAGGCACAUGAUGGCGGCCCUCUCGAGCAGCCACCUGCAGAUGCUUCUCUGACAGAGCCAGAUCACGCGCAACCAGGAAGCCAGCAGGAAGGAUGCCCCUCCACUCAGGAGCCUGAUCAGGCCGCGCCGGCAGCUGCGCGGGAGCUGCCGCCACAGCCGCCUGUACAGGCAAGCGCCCAGAAGGCUCGCCGUCGGCUGAGUCUGGAGCCGACGGCGUUCACUGCAGCCACGGCACUGCAUUCUACCGCCCCAGAGCAGCUGCCGCAGGCGCAGCCGCAUGCGGGCCCCUCACAGGCACAGCGGAUGGAGCAUCAGAGGGAAGCAUCCGGGGCGGUCAGUGCAGGGCCUGAUGCGGCGGCGGCUGCGACAAUGCGCGACGAGUUGUUUGCUCCGCCGCCGGGGAGCUCGCCAGCUGAGGGCGGAUCAGCAGGAGGAGAGUUGCAGAGAAGAGGUCAGAGGAGAUUGAGCGCUGAGGCAAGGGCCACUCCCAAGCUGAGCGCCUUCCUGGCAGACCCGAUGAGCACCCUGGACGGCUUCCCGGCGCACAUCCUCGCCGCAAAGACCGCGCAGCCGCCGCAGCCUGCCGCGCAGCCGGCGCUGUCGGGAGGAGAAGCUCCUUCAGAGUCGCCACCAGUGCAGCAGGCAGCGGAGGCACAGCGGAACGGAAGGGGCAGUGCAGACGUGGCCACGCCCGCACCGCAGCUAGCCAGCCGAGAGGGCACCAAUGGCUUCUUUAGCAAUCCAAUCAGCACGCUGGCCGGCUUUCCUGGCGAUAUUCUGCGGCAUGCAACCGGCGGCUUGUCAUCCUUUGGGGCACGCUUGCAGCCACAGGGGCCGGACGCGCAGACAUCAGCGGGAGGGAACGUCUCUACAAACACACCGCCGCCGGGCGAGAAGGGGCAAAGCGCGCAGCAAGGAAACCAAAACAGUGCUACGGCCACAACGCAGCCGGCAAGCCGAGAGCGCAGCGUCUGCUUCUUUGGCAAUCCAAUCAGCACACUGGACGGCUUUCCUGUGGAUAUCCUUCGAGAGACAGCGUUCUCCUUCAGAGGGAGUGCAAAAUCCGAUGCAGCGAUUCCUCCGCCCGCAUUCAGCAAUCUAUCGUUUCUGGACGCGAUGCCGACGGUGGAUGGCUUCUCGCGCGGCGCGUCGCCAGGAGAAGCUUCAGGGCAGCUGCCGGGAAGCGGCGCAGCGGGCGCGCUGUCGCCGAUCCCGCUGCGGCUCGCGGCGGACGGCUGGCUUUCAAACGGAUUGAGUGGGAUUAGUCGCCAUGAUGACUUACCCGCGGCCGCCGCCAGCACGUUUCGAGAUACCGGCGCGGCCGCCGCCGCGGCGGCCGUGCGGCAGGGGAGGGAAGACGCGCGCAGCUUCCAGGAGCGCGGCAUCUGGCGCACGGAGGAGAGCAUGGAUGCAGUGCUUAAUCAGGACGCCUUUGAGGAGCCCUCCUCAGCGCCAACAGCCAAGGCUGGACCUACAAAACAGGUGACAGCAGCAGACAAACCAGCAGCAGCAGCUGCACAGGAUGCAGCCAAGGAUGCAGCUCCAACAGACUUCAGGGGCUUACAGGCCAGGAUAAGCGGCGGGGGAGCUGCCUUGGCGGCAAGCACCUGCGCGCAGCAGCAGGCAGGAAGCAAGGCCACUGCACUCGGCGGUGUCUUUGCGGGAGGCGCCUCCGUUGAGACGCUGGAUGCCUUCAUGAGGUCCCUCAAGUACUGA